CGUCGUGCUGCACGUCAUCAAGGGCCUCGCGACGCUGUCGUGGCUGUACAUCGUCGGCGCUCGUGUCUUACGCCAAUGGAUCCUGUUCGCCAUCACGAUGCGCGUCUACUUGGCGCGCCUCGGCGACCGUCUUCCGUUCCCGUAUUUCAACGGCCUGCGCUCGCUCGGAUGUUCUCUUCUCGGCGACGGCGCCAAGUGGGGGCGUCUGAGCACCAAGAAGCUGCGCUGGCGCGGCGAGAUCGUCAACUGGGGCCAGUGGUCCCUGCACGUCAUGGCCUUCCUCGCCCUCCUCGCCAGCUACGACUGCGCGCGCGACACGGUCCGCUCCCUGCGCAAGCGCAUCUUCCUCAAGGUCGAGGACCUCGUCCUCGAUCGCGAUGCGGCCGACGGGCACGAGCCGUCCGAGCGAGAUGGCUCGCCGCCUCGAGAGCCUCGAGUCGUGGUUUGGCACUUCUGAGCUGGCCUGUAACGAGAUCCCUCUGUGCUGUG